AUGUCCUCGUCAACCGGCAUCCCGCAAGAUCUCUUAAGCCUCCCUACGGAGACCCUUCUCCGGCUCGCCGCAGAGCUGGAGGAAUACGAAAGGUCUCAGGCCGGUCCCUCCACAUCGCGCCAUCCCACACACGCACAGGCGAACCCUAGCACAUCAGGCCGGCCUAAUCCGAUGCCGGAUUCGCUCGAUGAUCCGCUUCCGUUCGCUGGAGAGACGACAACAGGCUCUGCUCCGCCGUCUCGUCCCCAUUCCGAGCCUACCACCGGCGAUUGGUCGGCCAUGACGGAGGCCGAGCAGUGGACCGAGGCGGCGCGGCUGACCGAGAGGUCCAGCCAACGCUUUCUCAAGGCGCUGGAUACGUUCUCGGACACAGCGCUCGAGAAAAUGGAGGAAAACGCAGUCCUCGCCGGCGCCACCAUCGGAAUCGCAUUGCGAGACAUCUCGAGGGAGGUCGAGGCCCACCUGCGACUCAUUCAAACGGCAUGCGCCAUCGGGGUCGAGAAGCGGAGCGGAGGAAAGGGAAAGCGCCGGGCGGUUCCUAGAAAGUAG